GCGGCCGGCGGGAAGGUGCGCGUGCUAUAAAUCACGCACAGGAAGUCGGCGCGUCUACUAGAGCGCGCGAGAUAAGACAGGGUUGACUGUUAAUUGCGGAGGUGUCUGUAACGGGAGUGACUGAGUAACAGGUAAUUUUUUCCACCAUGUCUGCUGGAAAUGCCAAAAUUGGGAAGCCAGCCCCUGACUUUGAGGCUACAGCAGUAGUAGACAGCCAGUUCAAGAACAUCAAACUUUCUGACUACAGAGGAAAAUAUGUGGUUUUGUUCUUCUAUCCACUGGACUUCACUUUUGUCUGUCCCACUGAGAUUGUGGCUUUCAGUGAUCAUGUGCAGGAGUUCCACAAAAUCAACUGUGAGGUCAUUGGUGUGUCAAUAGACUCACAGUUCAGUCACCUUGCUUGGAUUAACGUUGGCCGUAAAGAAGGUGGAUUAGGACCUAUGAGCAUUCCUCUGGUUGCAGACCUGACCAAAAAAAUCUGUCUGGAUUAUGGGGUACUGAAAGAGGAUGAAGGCAUUGCUUACAGGGGCCUUUUUGUGAUAGAUGAAAAGGGCAUUCUUCGACAAAUCACAAUUAAUGACUUGCCAGUGGGACGUUCUGUGGAUGAGACACUUCGGCUAGUGCAAGCUUUCCAACAUACAGAUAAGCACGGUGAAGUGUGCCCUGCUGGUUGGAAACCUGGAAGUGACACUAUUAUUCCUGAUGUUCAGAAGAGCAAGGAAUAUUUUUCCCAACAGAACUAAUUUUUGUAGCCUUCUGUUGAAAUCAAUCAAAAGCUGCUGUUUGAUGGAAAGCACUGAAUAGUUACUGUUAAUUCCCAGGGUGUGAUCAAGGGUUUUUUUCUUGAUUCUUAUGCCCAUCCGUUAGUUCAAUAAGUUUACUAUUUUGCAUAUUGCUGAAGCACUUAGAAAGCAAAGUUUACAAAAACUAGUUAAAGAAAUGUUAUGCAGUAUUAACUUUUUCAACUGUUGGUGCUUAAAAAUUAAAGUCUAGUGUGAUGUGAUAA